CUGCUCGGCGGUGAAGGGCUUCUUCAGCAGGAAGUGGGCGCCGUGCGCCUCGGCCUCCAGCUCGUGCUCGGGCGUGACGUCGAAGCUCAGCAGCGACAGGUGCAGGCGCGGCUGCGUCUCCUUCAGGCGCUGGAACAGCUGGAUGCCGGUCAGCGUGGCCUUGGGGAACCAGUCGGUGAUGAGGAAAUCGGGCUUGAACAGCAGGCCCUGAGCGAGGCCGCUGUCGGUGUCGGCGCAGCACAGGAUGCUGUCGGCGGAGAAGCCCUGGCCUUGCAGCAGCUGGCGGGCGAAGGACUGGACGCCGGCAAGCGGGUCGACAACGAGAAAUUUCAAGGGAGCAGUCAUGGGUACAGCGAAUCGCCAGCUGUGCGCGAUCCAGCGCCGCAUUCUGCGGGCUGCCCUGCAACGGCCCGCACUCGCCGACCAGGCACUCGCCGCGCUCUACCAACCCGUGGGCGGCCCGCGCGUGGGCGCCUGGGCCGACGACCCGCUCAACCUCUUCGGCCAGUGGCUGACCGAGCGUGGUCAGAGCAGCCGCGUGCGCGUCCAGGGCGGCCGGCUGAUGCUGACCGACCCGGACGCGCCCGGGCGCCACCACGCGCUGGUGCUGAUCGAGCUGCCCGGCUCCGGUUUCGAGAUCAGCGCGCAGCGCGCGCUGCAGCCGCGACUGGAAGCUGCUGUGAAGGCCGCGCAAGGGCAGGGCGCCCAGGUCGUCCUCGCCGGCGUGCCGUUGUUCGCCGCCGUCGCGGCCGAGCAGGCCGAGCGCGAGAUCCACACCAUCGGCGCGGGCUCCCUCAUCGGCAUCGUCGCGCUGACGCUGCUGGCCUUCCGCUCGCUGCGGCCGCGCCUGCUGGUGGCGUUGUCGAUGGCCGUCGGCCUGCUCGUCGCCACGUCCGUGAGCCUGCUCGUGUUCGGCGACCUGCACCUCGUGACGCUCGUGUUCGGCGCCAGCAUGCUCGGCGUGGCCGAGAACUACGGCAGCAACUACUUCAGCGCGCGCCAGGGCCUGCAAGCCAGCGAGCGCUGGGCCAUGCUGAGCCGCCAGAUCCCCAUCGUCAGCCUCGCGAUGGCGACGACGGUCAUCGGCUACGCGCUGCUGGCGCUGCCGCCGUUCCCAGGCUUGCGCCAGAUCGCGGUGUUCUCGGCGGUCGGGCUCGUCGCGGCCUUCGUCACCGUGCUGUG